AUGGAGUGUGUGAAGUUCCACCCGAACGAGUGUUACAUAGCGUCUGGCGGCGCGGACCGCAGCGUGCGGCUGUGGAGCGUGUGCGACGGCCGGCUCGCACGCGUCCUGUGCGCACACCGCGCGCCGGUGCGGGCGCUCGCCUUCGCACCCAGCGGAGCCUACCUAGCCACUGCCGGAGACGAUAAAAAAAUUAAAGUGUGGGACUUAGCAGCAGGAACUUGCGUGCAAGAGUACAAAGGACACCAUGGUAAAAUAAUGUCACUGGAUUGGUCUUCGGUCGGAAAACCCAGCCUGACAAACAGAGUAAUGGCAGAACCUAAUGAAUUAUCAACGGAAAACUCUCUACUCUGUUCAGCUGGAAUGGAUGGAAUUGUGAAAGUUUUUCAUGAUUGUCAGACUAAAAAUAAGCCAACCUCGAGUCAAGAUAUUUUAACAUCAACUUAUAAUACGAAAUGCACCUAUUUGGUGGAUGUACAAGUGCAUCCUGAAUGGGUUGUUGCGAUUGGAACCAAGCAAUGAUGUACUUUUAAUGAUUAUGUAAUUAAUAAAAUGUAAGACUAUU